AUGCUGACGAAUUUCAAGACUGAGGAUAUACUGCAAACCAAGAGGCGGAGGAUCGGUCAGGCGUGUGAUUUCUGUAGAUCAAAGAAAGCCAAGUGCGAUGGCAGGACUCCAUCGUGUACUAACUGUAGUGUUAGCGGCGAAAAAUGCAUAUAUACUCAGUCGUCCAAGCGGCGAGGACUACCGACAGGAUACACUCAUGAUUUGGAGAAGAAGAUACUAAUACUACAGGGUCUAAUUGCCAAUCUAAUCUUGGUGAAUGAUAAAGUAGAUGCAGAUAUCUGGCAAAUAUUUAAAGACAAGCAGCAAUUUCUAGGCAGUUUGGGGGACUUGAAUAAUAGAUGGUCCAACAACCCCAGCUCCAAAUUGGUUGAGAACAUUCAAGAAGAGAUUAGACCUAUCUUCCAGGAUAUCAAGAGUUCUGUUUUCUCCAAAUCAGCCAGCGUAAGUUAUGCUUCUACUACACGAGAUUCAAAGUCAUUGCUGCCAUCUAGCGUCAUUGAUAACAGCUCGGAAGAUAAAAAUAUGGGUAUUCAGCAGGCAGAAACCCCAAUCGUUAAGCUAGAGCAAACUUCAGGUACCGAAUUAGCGCGUCCUUCAACAACUUUACAACAACAACAACAACAACCACUUGCUCCUCCUCCUCACCCUUCUGUGCAAGAUCCCGAGCCUUGUACACAAGUACCAUACAACAAUAUACUAUAUCCGGAGCAAAUCAAUAUUGUGAAUGACCCAUCUUUUUUCUUAAACUAUGAUAUUUUCCAGUUUAUUUCUGAUGAAAUUGACGGCGCAGGAAACGCCGAGAACUGGGAACCUGUAGCAUUACAGUAUCAUGGACUAUCAUCGAUCAUAUCCGGAUUCACACGAAAAGCAAUCCAGGAGACUUUUAACAAAAAGGGAAAUCCAACAAAGAACCCGUUUAGGGUUGGUUCAAUUUUCAACGUAUCGUCAUUUGCGAUAAAUGCCAGCUUUCAAGAUAAAAUUCAAUUGCCAUCUAAGAUUUUCCAUCUUCCCCCUCAUGUUCGAGAGCUUGUCAAUAACUAUUUCCAAGUUAUUCAUAUAAUGAUUCCGAUGUUGGAUAAGAUCAGCAUUAAUAGACAACUACUUCAGCUUCAGACGAUCAAUGGUGAUGAGCGACUGAAUGUCGAUUGUAAUUCAAUUGCUCUUUUUUGGGCAGUUAUUGCUCUUGGGGAAUCGAGUACAAACUCCUCGGGUGAUUUAAGCGUGAGCAUGGAGUAUGCCAAGAAUGCUAUUAUGGCAUUGGAACAUUCGUUGACUUCCACUAUAGAAACAAUGCAAGCUAUGUUGUUAUUGGGAAUAUACUAUUAUCAAGCCGGACAAUGGGACUUUUCUUGGGUUUUGAUCAGUUCGAGUUCGAGAAUGGCAAUCGAUGUCCGUUUGAUGAGAGCAGCUACGGAUGAGGAAAACACUCGAUUCAAAUCUAGUACUACGUUGAAUAACAUCAGUAGAGAAAGAACUUGGGCCACGGUAUAUGUUUUGAAUACUUUUUUGUCGGCACGAAUGGGAAGGUCGCCAGUGGUGAGAGCAGCUGAUUGGCCAGUGCCUCAGAUAAAUGAUGACGGAUGGGAGGAGUGGGAUCCUUGGGUUAGCUUUCAUGCACCUGAAACAAUCAAGUUGGAACAUGGUAGGUUUUUGACAUUUUAUAAUCAACUAUUAAAAAUCAUGUCUGUUUUGAACUUGGCAAUCACUUCAACAUUAGACACUUCCAAAGGAUUAGUUGAAGACAGCGAUGAUGAGUUUGAAACCAAACCAGAUUACAAAAUUGAUUACGAUGAUCGCAAGAACUCAAAAAGUAUGACCAUGAAAGAUUUUGAAACGUGUAUUAAUACUUGGGUUGAGAAUUUGCCGAAAUUUUGCCGAUUGCAGAAACAAGGCAACCCUCCAACGGUUAUUUGCUAUCAUGGAGUACAACAGCUUGUUUGGUGUGUUUUGCUGGUCCGUUUGAGUUCAUUGAAAGGAGGCGCUAGGUUACAGGAUAAAGUGAUCAAGUCAAGAAAUAAACUUUAUACACGUGCUAUUCUCAAAUUGAGAGAGUUGUUUACUGCUGAAACAGUUGAAUACUUGAAGUGCUAUCCCUUUUUAGAUUAUUUAUUCACAAUGUUAUUAAAUUUUCCACAAAUGAUGGAUCUUCCUACUGAGCACGAGAAGGUCAUGUUUUACAGAGAGAUAAGGAGUAUUGUGAUCAACACAGCUAGAACAUCAGCAGCAAUGAGAAUCUCUUGGGAGAUUUCAAAGCGGAUGAAUAUUGAGCAACAGCUGCAGUUAGAUACGCCGAAAGCUCAAGAAAGUCCAACAAUUGCGAAUUUGUUAAACUCACCAUCACAACCAACUCAAGAACUUGCUUCCUUGCCACAGUCUAUUCAACAGCAAGAACAACAAAAACAUAAACAUAAACAACAACUGCAACAACAACUGCAACAACAACUGCAACAACAACAGCAGCAGCAACAGCAGCAGCAGCAGCAGUCACAACAACAUCAACAAUCACAGCUACAACAACCACUGUCACAACAGUAUGCAUCGACAAGCUCUGGUUCAUUGGAUCCACAAGCUAGAGCUUUGUUAGAUGGUGUAAAUGCUUUGAGCCCCCCUUUAGACAAUGAAUAUCAGCAGAAAAUCGGCUGCAUGCAAGUAAAUUCAGAGUUUGGUACACGGAGGCAGAAUGAGAUAGUUAGGUAUCCAGAGCAAAUUGGGAAUCAAUAUGCCCAAAGUGCUCCACCAUUGGGACAAUAUUACCCAGCAGGUCAGCACAAUCAUCAAAUGCACAAUCAAAUGCACAAUCAUCAAAUACAACAUAAUUCACAUAUCCUUCAUGAGCCUGCUCAAACACGACAAUCACCAACUGCAUAUAACACGCCGUCUUCUGGAGGGCAUUAUUACACCAGUCAACAGUAUUUCCAUCCACAGGAUCCUCACCUGCUUCCACAGCAGCGUAUGUCCUCGCAUGCACGGUUUCAGCCAGUGCGAAAUGAAAUUAAUGAAAACAAUCAACAAACAAGUGUAUUUUUGCAUCCACAUCCACAGCAAUAG